AUGGCCGGGAACGCGCUAGCCAACUAUGUCCAGGUCUACGUCAUGCUCCCGCUGGAUGUCAUCACUGUGGACAACACGUUCGAGAAGGAGGACGAGACGAGGGCGCAGCUGAAGAAGCUGACGAAGGCCGGCGUCGACGGGGUCAUGAUCGACGUCUGGUGGGGGCUGGUGGAGGGGAAGGAGCCGGGGGUCUACGACUGGAGCGCCUACAAGCAGGUCUUCAAGCUGGUGCAGGAGGCCGGGCUCAAGCUGCAGGCCAUCAUGUCGUGCCACCAGUGCGGCGGCAACAUCGGCGACGUCGUCAACAUCCCGAUCCCACAGUGGGUGCGGGACGUCGGCAAGGACAACCCCGACAUCUUCUACACCAACAGGGAAGGGCUGAGGAACAUCGAGUAUCUCACGCUUGGGGUGGACGACCAGCCUCUCUUCCAUGGGAGAACUGCCAUUCAGCUGUAUGCUGAUUACAUGAAGAGCUUCAGGGAGAACAUGGUAGAUUUCUUGGAUGCUGGUGUCAUUGUGGACAUUGAGGUGGGACUUGGCCCUGCUGGUGAGAUGAGGUACCCCUCAUAUCCCCAAAGUCAGGGAUGGGUGUUCCCAGGCAUUGGAGAAUUCAUAUGCUAUGAUAAGUACCUGCAAGCAGACUUCAAAGCAGCAGCAGCAGAGGCUGGGCAUCCUGAGUGGGGUUUGCCUGAUGAUGCUGGGGAGUACAAUGACACUCCUGAGAAGACCCAGUUCUUUGCGGAUAACGGAACAUACCAGACCGACAAGGGGAAGUUCUUCCUCACAUGGUACUCCAACAAACUGAUCAAGCACGGUGAUAAGAUCUUGGAUGAAGCAAACAAGGUCUUCCUGGGAUGCACGGUGCAGCUGGCAAUCAAAGUCUCUGGCAUACACUGGUGGUACACGGUUCCAAACCAUGCAGCUGAGCUCACUGCCGGAUACUACAACUUAGAUGACAGAGAUGGCUACAGAACCAUAGCACACAUGCUAACAAGGCAUCCUGCUAACAUGAACUUCACUUGUGCUGAGAUGAGGGACAGUGAGCAGAGUUCAGAGGCGAAAAGUGCACCAGAGGAACUGGUUCAACAGGUGCUGAGUGCCGGAUGGAGAGAGGGCCUAAAUCUGGCAUGUGAAAAUGCACUCAGUCGAUACGAUGCAACAGGUUACAACACCAUCCUCAGGAAUGCAAGACCCCAAGGCAUCAACAAGAAUGGCUCUCCAGAACACAAGUUGCAUGGAUUCACCUACCUCCGAGUAUCUGAUGAACUGUUCGAGGGAGACAACUACACCACUUUCAAAACUUUUGUCAGGAGAAUGCAUGCUAACCUGGGUUAUAAUCCAAAUGUCGAUCCUGUUGCACCAUUGAAAAGAUCAAAGCCAGAGAUACCAAUUGAAGAAAUCCUAGAAGUAGCACAGCCAAGAUUGGAGCCAUUUCCCUUCCAGAAGAACACAGACCUACCAGUAUAA